AUGGUCCUUCACAACCCCAACAACUGGCAUUGGGUGAACAAAGAUGCCUCGGAAUGGGCAAAAGAGUAUCUCGGGCAAACACUUACCGAGAUAAAAGCUGAAGAGGGAGAUGUAUCUGCAGCAAUCACAAAGGUCAUUUCCAUGGACGGUGAUGUCGACGUGAGCCAGCGUAAGGGCAAGGUCAUUACGCUCUUUGAUGUCAAGUUACAACUGGAAUACGAAGGUGAGGCUUCUGAUGCGAAUGUUGUGAGUGGCAGCAUCACAGUGCCCGAAGUUGCGCAUGACACCAAGGAAUCCGAGUACGUUUUCGAGAUAGAACUAUACUCUGAGACCAAGGAGAAGCAGCCAGUCAAAGACGUAGUACGGUCAAAAAUCGUCCCUCAACUUCGGAAAGCCUUGCAAGAACUUGGUCCCGCGUUGAUAGCAGAGCACGCAAAGGAUAUUCAGCACACUGCCGACUCUAAUCCAUCGAGCGGUGUUGCCACUCCGACAUGGCAUCCUCAAAAAGACCGGGCAGCUACUCCUCUUGGAGCCCCCUCUACCACAACGAAUACUGCACAGUCCUCCAUCAACACGACAACCGUGACCGCCACGGAUGAGUUUCGGACAACAGCGGAAGAGAUGUUCCAGACCUUCACGGACCCGCAGCGCAUCGCCGCAUUCACAAGAGGCGCACCUCGGCUCUUUGAGGGAGCAAAACCGGGCUGCAAAUUCUCUAUCUUUGAUGGCAAUGUUUCUGGAGAGUUUGUGACAGUGGAGCCACCAAAAAGGAUUGUUCAGAAGUGGAGGUUAGCGCAAUGGCCUGCAGGACACAUGAGCACUCAAGAGAUCGUGUUUGACCAGAAUGACAUGGACAAAGUCACCAAUACCAGGGUGACCUGGUCCGGUGUGCCAGUGGGACAAGAGGAAGUAGUGAAGCGGAACUGGGAGGGCUAUUACAUUCGCAGCAUCAAGCAGACUUUUGGCUUCGGCACAUUUCUCUGA